AUGUCGGAAACCGUAGUGAAGAAGCUGCUUGGCGAGCUGAUAAAAACAUCUGGUGCCACACAUUCGGUGGACACUAUCGUAAAGAUUUUUCUCAAUCGGGAUGGCAAGUUCACGAAAAAGCAGCUCUCCGCCCUGUUGGAUCAGCUAUUCCAGGGCAUCCCCAAUGGUACCAAGUACGUGCAAAUGUUCGCCAAGGCCAAUGCAGAAGAGCCGUAUCCCGUGCUGGUUCGGGUGUUAAUGCGCUUUGCGACAGAUUUGAAAAACGCAAAACUGGAGAAAGCCACCAACAACCAGCAAUCGCAGCCCCCGGCGAGAACAACAACGGUUCCGGGCACGGGAUCUGAACCGGUUCAAAAACGUGUUUCUCUGUUCGAAAGUCCCCCACUCUCGUCCACACGCAUCGUAAACGACCAAGUGACCCCAGAAAAUGUGCAAGAGAUUAAGGAGAAGCUUGUGCAGGCCACAACGGGCGGUGCAAUCAAUCGGUUAUCCUCUUCGAAUGUUGCCUCUCUGACGGCAUGCGCCCUUGACCCCAGUCACCAUCAGCUGGGACGACCGUACUUUGAGUUCACCCACCAGAAAGCCCCGAUAGUGGCGUGGAACUUCAACUACGACGAGCUGUAUCCGCUGCAAAGCAAAAACGUGGCCGCAAUUCCCGUCGCCUCGCAGGAACCGAUCGUACUGAAGGAACUGCUCCGGUGUCUGGUGGGUGUCAAAGGUUCGCUAAUCGUGCCGAAAAAAUCUCCCUCCUGUUCGGCCGAUCCUCUGGCGGCGGCGGCACGUGUCGAAUUUCAACUUUCGCCCCAACUUGCCGAUUCGUGUCGCGAUAUGGUCCAGGAAAUACUGCCGCUUGCCACGAACUUUGCCUGCGUCCAGCAGUUCAUCGAAGAGUCGAGCAUCCUCGAAGGGGGUCUCGUGCUGCAGGCACUCCGGUCCGUGCUGAAAGCGAUCAUGACCGAUUAUUAUCUUUCCAUCGCGCAGCUCGACGAUUUGCGGUGUCGCCCUGGCCUCACCAUGCAGCGGUUACUGCAGUUUCUGAAACCCGUCUUUCCCACGAUGGAAGAAUUGGCGGCGACCGUUUCGGAGAUACGGGCCACUAACUGCCGCGGGGGCCAAGUGCUUACACUGCUGUACAAUCGCAUCACGGCCACGAGUGGCACGAAUCACACGCAGCGUGUCCUCGAGCGGCUCAUUGAGGCCGCAGCCGUGCCGUUCAUGGAAAUGUUGCAGCUGUGGAUCCACCGUGGGGUGAUCAAUGAUCCGCAGCAGGAGUUCCUUAUCGAGCACAACGUAAUGGAGCUGAGCGAGAACGAACUGCUCGAUUACUGGGAGAAACAGUACACGAUCCGAUGCGAGAAGGUACCGUGCUUCCUGGUGAAACACGCCGAUAUCAUACUGCGCACCGGAAAGUAUCUGAACGUGGUGCGCGUUUGCGGCAGCGCCGAUGAGCUCCACCCGGCCAUUUCUCCCGUCAGCAAACCGUUCGGCUACCGGCACGCCGAUCAGUCGUACAUCGAUGCGAUCGAGGAGGCGUACAACUUUGCUUCGUCGUCCCUGCUGAACCUGAUCAUGAACAAGUACGAUCUGAUGGGCCGUCUGCUUUCCGUCAAGCACUACUUCCUCCUGCAACAGGGAGACUUUAUUACCGAAUUCAUGGACGCCGUCGAGGACGACUUGCGGAAGGAUGUGGACAGUUUGCACCCGAUAAGGAUUGCCAAUCUGCUCGACGUCACACUGGGAUUGUCGUCCGCCAAGCACGACGAAUAUCACGAUGACCUCAAGACGACACUGCUACCGUACGGGAUCGUUACGCAAAUUUCGAAGAUCGUCGACAAUGAGGAUGCGUUCGGCGAUGCGCUCGGGGAUACUUCGCAGCUGAAGGGAAUCGAGUGUUUCGCCUUCUCGUACAAAGCGAAGUGGCCCGUCUCGAUAGUGCUGAACCUGUGGACAAUCUCCAAGUAUCAGAUGAUUUUUCGGCAACUGUUUUACCUGAAGUACGUCGAACGAAUGCUGUGCCGUGUGUGGAUCGACAACAACAAAACACGUCAGUUUGCGCCCAACACGGCGAAGCUGUAUCGAUCGGCGUUUACGUUGCGCCAAAAGAUGCUGAUCGCAAUCCAGAGCUUCGAGUCCUACAUGAUGAUCGAGGUGAUCGAACCGAAUUGGCAUAUCUUCUAUCAAAACAUGAAACAGGUGAAAAAUAUCGACGACGUUCUGAUCUAUCAUCAGGACUUUUUGGACCAGUGUCUGAAGAACUGUACGCUGACCACACCGGAGCUGUUGAAACCGAUUAUCAAUCUAUGCAAUAUUUGUAUCAAAUUUUGCGACUUUCUGGCGGAAUCACAGCGCCAUUUCGUUGACGCCGAGCUGACGUGCAUGAUUGCCUCGGGCGACGACUACUCACUGUCUUCCGAGUCCGAUUACGAGCUAUACGCAUCGCAGGAUGCUACUACAAUGGCACCGACCGAAACGUUCUCCGGGCGGGUCGAACAGUUUCGUCACGAUUUCACCAACCAACUGAUGACGCUUUUGCGAAAAAUCAACGAAGCUGCCACGUCCAGCACUUCGGAGAGGUUCAUCAAUCUCAUACACAGAAUCAACUUCAACUCGUACUACAGCGAGGGAAACGAAAACUGAAGGCUUUAAAUCAAUUCUCUCCAGUUUUGGCGGUCAAAUUCGUCCACUUUGCUACACAGCCCUCCUGUACCUCAGUA